AUGGGUGAAUCCGGAUCGUUGAGAAUGUACAGGAAAGCUGGUCUAUAUUGUGAUUUUACGAUCAAAGUUGGUUCAGAAAAAUUCCGAGUGCAUAAGAUUAUUUUGUCUACUGCAACUGAUUAUUUCAAAUUAAUGUUUCGACAUGAGACGGUUGAGACUCUGUCAGGAGAAGUUGAUAUCCAGGGCUUCAGUGCGGAUACUAUUGAGAAAGUUAUCGAGUAUAUGUAUACUUCCAAAUUCCCUAUUGAUGAGACAUCUGAUAUCGCAUCAUAUAUGCAAUCUUCUCAUAUGUUCCAACUGGAAAAAUUAUGUGGUAUUGUCACUGAAUACCUGGAACAGAAUUUGGAUCCCAAAUCUUACUUCAUCACCAUAAAUAUCUCCAAGUUGUACGAUCUGAAACAACUCGAAGCCAAAUGUGAUAAAAUUGCUUCCAACAACUUUGCAAAAAUUGCAGAACUGGAAGAAUUUAAGGAAAUAGAUGAAAAACAGUUGGUGGGAAUGAUCAAAGCCAAGGAUAACACGGCAUCUGAAGAGGAAAAAUGCUUAGCUUUGAUGAAUUGGACAAAAUUCGAUGAGAAGAAACGUUCAAAGGGGUUUGUCAAAUCUUUCAAGCAAUUUGAUUUGACCAAGAUAUCACUUUCAUUUCGCAGAAAACUUCUGGAGCAAGAUAGUCUGAUUGCUGCAAAUACAGAAACUUUACGAAUCGUAGCAUUGUCAUUCAUUGAUGAUAAGAAUGCUCCAUCGAGUUCUUCUGCAUCUAGUUCUUUGGCAUCAAGUUCUUCUGCAUCAGCUUUGGAAGUUGGGAAUCAGGACCCAAGUCAUUUUAUGGGCCUUAGUUUGGUUUUGGACCCAGGUGUGAAUUCUCCCCAACUCCACAACCCCACAUCUGCACACUGGACAAGAAUGACGCAUUGGUCGUUUUUGACUAGGACCUCUUCCCAUCUCCAACAGUUCAAUCCAAGGUCAAAUGAAUGGAAGCAAAUGCAGAAAAUGAAUGAAGAUAUGAAGUCAAAAUGGUUCUCUGCUAUUGCAUUGAAUCAGCAUAUUUAUGUCUUAGUUCAAGACAACUCAUUUUAUCGACUCAAAUAUGUCGAUGUUAAUGCUACAUGGGAGGAAUUGAAGAGUCCGUUGAAGAUCAUGGCUGGUGACAUCUGGGUUGUUGGUGGAUGUGGUCGAUCUGACACAAAAACAGUGGAAAAGUAUGAUUCUCUGAGAAACCAGUGGACAAAGAUGAAGAGCAAGAAUGUUAAGUGUUACAGUCCUGCAGUUAUCUGCAUGCAAGGAAGCAUUUAUAGUUUGGGAGGACUGGAAGGAUCAAUUUCAACCAACAAAGUAGAAUGCUUCAAUCUAAAUACAUCAACAUGGAGUUUCAUUUCGCCAAUGCUGAAUGCAAGAGGGGCACCUGCUGCUGUUGAAUGUCAGAAUCGACUUUAUGUGCUUGGUGAUGGGUGCCACUAUCUGAAAACUGUUGAAACAUACGAUCCAUCAUCCAAUUCCUGGACCAUGUUUGCACCGAUGUUAUUGGGUCGUCACCUCCUCAAUAGCUUUGUUUUCAACGGGAACAUUUAUGCAGUUGGUGGACUCAAAACAAGGAAUACCAUGGAGAAAUACGAUUCCGAAAAGAAAACCUGGGUGAUGGUUGACAUUCCCAAAGAUAUGACCUUGAUAUAA